AAACAAAAGAAAAGGAAAGAUGAAGGAUGCAGAUGUGUCAAAGCAGAUCCAACAGAUGAUUAGGUUCAUCCGCCAAGAAGCUGAGGAGAAAGCUAAUGAAAUAUCUGUCGCUGCUGAGGAGGAAUUCAAUAUUGAGAAACUGCAUUUACUCGAAGCUGAAAAGAGAAAGAUCAGACAAGAGUACGAGCGAAAAGCCAAACAAAUUGAUGUUCGCAGAAAGAUUGAAUACUCAAUGCAGCUGAAUGCAUCCCGUAUAAAAGUACUUCAAGCACAAGAUGAGGCUGUGAAUUCUAUGAAGGAUGCUGCUAAAAAGGCGCUUUUACGUGUCUCGAAUGAUAAGAAAGCAUAUAAGAAACUCAUGAAAGACAUGAUUGUUCAGGGUUUAAUGCGCCUGAGGGAACCAUCAGUGAUACUACGAUGCAGAGAGGGUGACCGUAAGCUAGUUGAGUCAUUGCUAGAGGAAGCCAAAAAAGAAUACUCGGAGAAAGCCAACUUGCAAUCCCCUAAGAUUACCCUUGAUGAUCGUGUUUACCUCCCACCAUCUCCAAAAAACAGUGCCGUGGAUUCCCAUGAACCUUUUUGCUCCGGAGGAGUAGUAUUGGCCUCGGAGGAUGGGAAGAUAGUGUUGGAAAACACCCUUGAUGCGCGACUGGAUGUCAUUUUCCGACAGAAACUGCCUCAGAUACGGAAGCGCCUGUUAGGUUGA